AGGAGAGAUGGACCUCAGCCACUAUGGCUAUACCAUGGGAUAUUCGGACUAUACCUUUGAGCCCUGGAGUGAUGGAGUGAGCGGAGGCAGCUCCCCCAGUCAGUUUGCGGGAGACGAGACCCUGAUUGGACCCGAUGGGGCGGUCUAUGACGUCUUCUACCCAUUGAAAAACGGGCAGGAUGAGAAGGAAGAGACCUCGACGACAUGCAGCGACUGCGCGGGAGGCAGUCCUGUAACCAUGUCACGACAGAGAUCAGCCGAAGCAAGUAUCGCAGGCGUCCUGGAUUUCAUGCGCUCAACCGCCCUGGCGCGCUACCCUGCGCGCGUGCAGCUCUAUGAAAAGGUGUGCAGUGCAGCAAAGAUGUCCUUGGGUGUGCAUUUCGGAAGGAUGGCAUUGAUUGGUAGCACCGCCCUGCGGAUCGACACGCCUGACUCUGACCUGGAUGUGGUCGUUUACACCUGCAACUUGGCAGAUCAUGGCAGAUCAACUGCGGCGGCAUUGCUUGGGUUCAUAGUUUGGCCCCUUUUCCCGCCGGUCUCCAGCAUGGCGUUCCGCCUGACCUACCGCCGGCAGUGCCGCUACAACACCAAGUCCAACAAGCAGCAUUUGGGCUGCACUUGGAGGCGAGUUGUGAAGACCCCUGGUGGCCGCGCGGUGUUCCAGACGCUCACCAAGAAGGCGAAGGGUCCUCACUGCGGAGACUGCAAGAAGGCUCUCAUUGGCCUCCCUCGUUUGCGGCCCGUCGAGUAUGCCAGGCUGAAGAAUCGAGAGAAGCGUGUCAACCGUGCCUAUGGUGGAUCCCGCUGCGCGAGCUGCGUGCGCAAGCGCAUCGUGCGCGCCUUCCUCAUCGAGGAGCAGAAGUGCGUGAAGCAGGUCUUGGCUGAGAAGUUGUCGCAGGCGAAGGAGAAGGAGACUGGAAACUUUGGUCGGAGAAAUUGGAAAGACCGGAAAGAAGAGCAAGAAGUAGACGCUGAGGAGAGGUCAACUGAUGGGCUGAUGACCCAUGCAGCUUGCGGAUUGGAGGAGAAAAAGAAGAGGCGAGUUGUGAAGACCCCUGGUGGCCGCGCGGUGUUCCAGACGCUCACCAAGAAGGCGAAGGGUCCUCACUGCGGAGACUGCAAGAAGGCUCUCAUUGGCCUCCCUCGUUUGCGGCCCGUCGAGUAUGCCAGGCUGAAGAAUCGAGAGAAGCGUGUCAACCGUGCCUAUGGUGGAUCGCGCUGCGCGAGCUGCGUGCGCAAGCGCAUCGUGCGCGCCUUCCUCAUCGAGGAGCAGAAGUGCGUGAAGCAGGUCUUGGCUGAGAAGUUGUCGCAGGCGAAGGAGAAGGAGACUGGAAACUUUGGUCGGAGAAAUUGGUCCUUUUCCCAAACUUUUCCCCAUGUUUUGCAGGUGGUCUUUAAGGAUUAUUGGCCAGAUCUUUGA